AUGUCUCAAGGAGAUGCCAGUCGAACAACAUAUGAACGUUUUCUUGAAUUUGAACGUUUAAUGAAAGCACCUGGCUCAUCAAGAGCUCAACCUUAUAAGGCAGCACCGAUUGGUUUUUGUGCUUUUGCUUUAACAUUAUUUGUUUAUUCAAUGUACAUGGCCGGUGCAACUGUCCCAAUUUCAACUACACCUACUAUCGCAAUGGGUCUUGUACUUUUCUAUGGUAGUUUGAUCCAAUUUCUUGCUGGUUUAUUUGAAUUGCGCGUUGGAAAUAAUUUUAAUGGACUUGUAUUUUGUUCUUAUUCUGGUUAUUGGUUUGGACUUGGUGCGAUUUAUGCUAGUACAUUUGGCUAUCUUACCAGUGUAACCGAUACAACUACACAAUAUAAUGCAUUAGAUGUUUUCUAUCUUGCAUGGUUAAUAUUUACAUUAAUCAUGAUAUUUGCAUCAAUUCGAACAAAUAUAAUUAAUGUAGCAUUUUUCUCUGUUUUGGCAUUAACUUAUAUGUUAUUAACAGCAAGUUACUUUCUUACAUGGCAUCACAAUUUAUCACGUGCAGGAGGAGCUUUUGGAAUAGUAACAGCAGCAAUUGGUUGGUAUGCAGGAUUUGCAAAUCUACUUAAAAAAGAUGACAAUUCAUACCUCGAUUUUCCAAUGGUCGAUUUAUCACCAAAAUCUAAAGCAGAUUCGGUUUAA